ACAAUUUCAAUAUUUUGUAUUCGUAUAAUUUAUUCUCCAUACUUUAUUAACAUUUAACAGAAAAUAUGAAAUUAUAACGACUAAUUCGAAGAUAAUAAAAUGUGACUGGAGAAUAUGACUGGAAAACAUGACUAUCGAUUUAUUGUUCAAAAUCAAAAAAUUCCCUGCUUAAAGGAUGUUAUUUCGUGUUUGAAAAGUGAUCAUACCGUUUAUCACCAUACGAAAUAUAUAGAUAUUUACUCGUACCUCGUUAACUCUUUUCUAUCAAUUUCUGCUUUAUUGUCUAUCAUUUUAAGAAAUUCUCUUCAUUUUUAUUGAAUGUUUGAAGAUACACAUUUUAAAAGUUUAUGACGAAUUACAUUAAAUUGAUUAUUCCUAUGAUUAAGGAAAAGUACGAAGUGUUUAUUAACCUCCAUCUUGAUUUCUAACCUACAAAUAAAUCCUAAAGAAGUAAUAAUGCAGUUCAGCGCCAGACAAUUAUACCUGAGAUUGAUUUUGAAUGGAAAAGUUUUGGAUAGAUUUACUACAAAGUCCACGACAAAAUGUAAAUAUACCAGAUGGGCGCAUCGUAAACCAGUUGCAAUAGUUAAUGAAAAUGAAUUGUUUAACGAUCAAAAUGAGAAUAAUACGGAGGCAUUACGAGAAGGGAGAAGACAGCGUGUUAGGGCCAGGAAGAUUAAGUCGCAAGAAAAUGUUCCUCCAAAUCAAGAAACUCUUUCAGAUAAAGAAAAUAAUAAAACCAAUAUAAACAAAUUGAGUAAUCGUAUUAUCAGUCUCAAAGAAAAUGAUAAUAUUAUUACGUCCCUAAUGGUAAAUGUCAAGUCUCGCAAGAGACGAGAAAAGAGCAAUCAGAUUCUUUUGGAAGGCUAUAGACUAAUCAAAGAUGGGAUAGAAGCUGGAGUAAAACCGGAAGUUAUUCUUUUUUCCAGACCGUCUGAUAUUAUGGAUUUAAAUUUACAUGAAGAAGUCAAAUUAUAUAAGGUUCCAUAUAAAACGAUGCAAUUAUGGAGUAACUUAACAACUUCUCCAGGAAUUAUAGGUAUUUUCAAUAUUCCUGACAUAGAAAGGAUAGAAGCUGCACCUAAUGCUUUACCUCUUACAAUUAUCUGCGACAAUAUACGCGAUCCAGGAAAUUUAGGCUCUGCAAUCCGCAUUGCUGCUGGCGUUGGAUGUGAGAAAAUAAUAUUAUUGAAAGGAUGUGUGGAUUUAUGGGAUACCAAAGUAUUGCGAAGUGCAGCAGGUGCACAUUUCAGAUUACCGAUAUACACAUUAACUUCUAAUGAUCUUUCAUCAUUCCUAUACGAUGGAAUGAACAUUUUUGUUACGGAUAACAAUCCAACGAAUAUUACGAAUAAUAUUUUCGAUAGCCAUAAUUCGAAGAACAAAUAUUCCAUUUCGAAGAUUUAUGAAAAUUUUCCUCUUCAGAAUAUGGAAUUUCCAAAAUUUAAUGAAAAUUUAAAAGAAUCUGAAAUGAGGAAAAUUAUAAGGACAUUGCAAUCUCAGCUUCCAAUUAUUCCAUAUUACGCUGUUGAUUAUUGCACGAACGAAAUUGCGCUUGUAAUAAGUGGUGAAACGGAAGGAUUAAACCUGGAAACUCUUAAAUUAUUGUGGGAAAAACAAGCCGUACGUGUAAACAUACCUCUAUUAAAUAAUGUCGAAAGUUUAAAUGUUGGUGCGGCACUUGGAAUAAUAUCGUUUGAAAUUCAACGACAGUUUGUAUUUAAGCAAAGAGAAUAAAAUGAUAAUACGUAUUAUA